GCGGCAUCUCAGAAGAGUUACCGCGAGAGGAUGGAGCUGCAGGCCAGCCAGGGGCGGGGCGCCUCAGGACACGCAGGCAGCCUUCGCAACAACUGGCCGACGCCCACCGCCUUCGCAAUGAUUGGCCGCUGGAGCACAAUGGUAGAAGCAGAUCGUCCUGGCAAGCUUUUCAUUGGUGGCCUCAAUAGAGAGACCGAUGAGAAAAUGCUUAAAGCAGUAUUUGGGAAACAUGGACCCAUAUCAGAAGUUCUUUUGAUAAAGGAUCGAACCAGCAAAUGCAGAGGCUUUGCAUUUAUUACUUUUGAGAACCCUGCAGAUGCUAAGAAUGCUGCCAAAGAUAUGAAUGGAAAGUGUUUGGAUGGAAAAGCAAUAAAAGUAGAACAAGCCAAGAAACCAUCUUUUCAAAGUGGUGGUAGGUGGAGACCACCAGCUUCCUCAAGAAACAGAAGCCCUUAUGGAAGUCUGAGAUCUGCAAGAGGAAGUAGUGAAGGAAGAAGAGGGUGGCUUCCCUCCCAUGAAGGACACUUAGAUGAUGGUGGAUACACUCCUGAUGUCACGAUGAGUUAUGCCAGGGGACUCAUUGCAGUGAAAAGAGGUCCCUCUUCAAGAAGUGGAGGUCCUCCUCCUAAAAAGUCUGCUCCUUGUGCUGUGGCAAGAAGCAAUAGUUGGAUGGGAAACCGAGGUCCCAUAUCACGAAGAAGAGAGAAUUAUGGAGUUCCUCCACGCCGAGUAACAAUCUCUUCCUGGAGAAAUGGUCAUAUGUCACCGAGAGAUGAUGGUUAUGCAACUAAGGAUAGAAAUCAUCCAAGUUCCCGAGAAACUAGGGAUUAUUCUCCACCAUCUAGAGGCGAUGCAUACCGUGAUUAUGGUCAUUCUACUCGGGAUGAGCAUGCCUCCAGAGGAUAUAGAAAUCAUGGAAGUUGCCGAGAAACCAUGGAUUAUGCUCCACCACCUAAAGACGAUGCAUACCGUGAUUAUGGUCAUUCUAGUUGGGAUGAAUAUUCCUCCAGAGGAUAUAGGUAGUAUAAUGUUAUCUGGAUUUAUGAAAUAGAUUUCUUAAAUUGUUCGUUCUGACAUUAAAAAACUUUUCUUUUUCAAUUUAGUUAUUGCGAUGGCUACAGCGAGGCCCGUGGUAGAGAUCACUCCGAACAUGUAGGUGGAAGUUCUUAUAGAGAUGCAUUUCAGAGAUAUGGGGCCUCUCAUGGUGCACCACCUGCACGAGGGCCUCGGAUGUCUUAUGAUGGAAGCACCUGCCAUGCAUAUGGUAAUAAAGGAGAUAGAUAUGGCAGAAGUCGGGAGAGUUACUCAAGGAGCUGUGGUGAUUUUUAUUACGGCGAUCGUGAGCAUGUUUGCGGAAAAGGCCGAAGGAAUCUGCCUUCCUGCUCCUCGUGAAGCUUAUGGUAGCUCAAGUUAUGUGGCAUGUACAGUAGAUGGUGGGGAAAGUGGAUCUGCAAAAGGAGACCUAAGUAGAUAUUAA